AUGUUUAUACGAGUAGCUGAUGAAGCAAAACAUACUGAAAUUGUUGAAAUUCCAGUUGAUGGUGAUGCCGAUGGAUCAGUUUCAUUGAGCACACUCGCUGCUCAAUUUCAAGGUGUGAGUGCAUUGAAAUAUCGCAAUUCUGAGACGAGUGUGUGGAGAGGUGUUCGAGUAGUGGAUGGCAAACUUUAUCAUCCCGAUAGUGCAUGGGAUCCAAAUAUUGUUUAUGUUACUGUUUAUUCGAAACCUGCUUCAUCAGAUAUUAAACGAAAGGGAGUUGCUGAACAACAAGAUGAAACAAUAAUAUCAUCUAUAGGACAAAGUGCAGCACAAAAUCUUGAUUAUGGAGAAGAAAUAAAUAAUAUUCCUAAUGAAGAAGAUAAUGAUCCAAAUCGUCGUUGCGUUGAUUUAAUUGUACUCGGUAUAAGUUAUCGAAGUCUUGAAGCUGAUGUUAAAAAAUGUUUCGAAGCAUUUGGUGAAUUGAUAUUUUGUGAAAUCAAACGAGAUGCUAAUGGACAGUCACGUGGUUUUGGUUUUAUUCGAUUUAAAAAUUAUGAAUCUCAACUGGCUGUUAUAAAUAAACGUCAUUUUAUUGAUGGAAGACAUGUCGAUGUUAAAAUUCCAGAUUCUAAAACAAAUAUACAUGAACCUGAAUGUGCUCGAAAAAUUUUCGUUGCUCGUCUACCGGAUAAUAUUACACCAGAUGAUUUACGACAAUAUUUUUCUAAAUAUGGAGCUAUUAAAGAUGUUUAUAUACCAAAACCAGCACGUUCAUUUGCUUUUGUCACCUUUCAUGAUUCAAAUAUUGUACGAACAUUAUUUGGUACACAUAUUAUUAAUGGUUCUAGUGUAACAGUUGGACCAGCUGAACCAAAAAAUAAACCAUCGGCUAUUGGUGAUUAUCCUUCAUCAACAUUUAAACGAGCUAAACCUGAUCAUACUAGUUUACGUACAUUAACAUCCUAUGGUAUUUCAUCAACACCUCCAAGCUUUCAUCAACAAUAUGGACAAUCACCGAAUACGGAUAUGAUGCAUGCAUAUUUUCAACAAUUCAGGGCUAAUACAACUGCUUCAUCGAAAGGACCAUUUUCUAAUGCACAACAAUCUUAUUGGAGUGGUGCACAUGAUGAAGCAGCUGCAAUGUGGCAACAACAACAACAUUAUCGAUAG